ACUCAAACAAAAAACAUACACAAGUAAUUAACUAACAACAAAUGGCGAACAAGCUCUUCCUCGUCUGCGCAGCUCUCGCCCUGUGUUUCAUCCUCACCAACGCUUCCGUCUAUCGCACCGUUGUCGAGUUCGACGAAGAUGACGCCAGUAACCCCAUAGGCCCAAUACAGAAAUGUCAGAAGGAGUUUCAGCAAGACCAGCACCUAAGAGCUUGCCAGAGAUGGAUGCGCAAGCAAAUGUGGCAAGGACGUGGUGGUGGUCCUUCCCUCGACGAUGAGUUCGAUAUGGAAGACGACAUCGAGAACCCGCAGAGACGACAGCUACUCCAGAAGUGCUGCAGCGAGCUUCGCCAAGAAGAGCCAGUUUGCGUUUGCCCCACCUUGAGACAAGCUGCCAAGGCCGUUAGAUUCCAGGGACAGCAACACCAACCAGAGCAAGUCAGGAAAAUUUACCAGGCAGCUAAGUACUUGCCUAACAUUUGCAAAAUCCAGCAAGUUGGUGUUUGCCCCUUCCAGAUCCCUUCAAUCCCUUCUUACUACUAAAUUCCAGAGAAGUGUGAGCGUGUGGUUGUUGAUAUAUGUUAACACCACAUCUCGCCUUGUGUUUUUAUAAAAAAAUAAGCUUUGGGAUGUUUGAGGCUAAUGUAAUAAUUAGCACUACAACGUAAUAAAUAAGAGAGGUUUGUUUA